AUGUGGAGAUUCUUCACUGCUAGCUGGUUUUGGUUUUUUGAAUUUGGAAGCACUGUUCCAUUAAGUGGUGUUUGUUUCUUUGGUUGGGGCUGCUAUGUUCUUACUUUUGGAUUUUCUGUUUUCAUGAAUGGGAUGUCUGGUUAUGUUACUUUUGUUUAUGCUAGGUGUAACAAAGCCUCCAGAACUGAAUUGUGGUCUGUUCUCCAUUCUAUUUAUUCUAAUAUGACAGAUAAAUGGAUGGUGGGGCGAGACUUCAAUUGUAUUGCCAUUUCUGUUGAGAAGAUUGGUGGGAGAUCCCUAAACAUCUCCAAGCUAUUCAACUUCAGUGACAAUAUUCAGGCAGCACAUUUGUUUGACCUUGGCUUCAAUGGCCCUCCUUUUACUUGGAAAUGGGGAAAAAUUUGGGAAAGGCUGAACAAAUACCUUAACAUUUGGUUUGAUCAUCCUUCCUUCACUGAGUUUUUUGCACAACAAUGGAAGGGGAUCUACCAUGAAGACCGUCUCAUCAAACUUUGGCCCCUUCAUCUCAAAAUCAGCAAAGCUCUUAGAACCUGGGGCUGGAAUACCUUUGGGAACAUUUUACUGAAUGUUGAGAUGGCUAAAAGGGAGGUAAAGACCACUAAAGCUGUUGUUAUCAAUCUUGAAGCUGAUAAAAGCUCUCUGAUCACUGCACAAGAAAAAUUACUCACUGCAAUUGACUGA